GCAGACCUGUCUGUCCUCUGCAUCUCACACAAGAUUUCCCCUCCUCACACCAGGCUGCUGUUUUUCUUUUUAUUUUUCUUUUGCAUCUCUCAGUUUGUCUAUUUCAAGAGUUCAUUCGCCAGUUUUUACUUCUUCUUUUUUUUCUGGCAGCUUCUUAUCUCUUUCCAAAAUGCACCUGAAUAGGUGAGGUGGUCCAUCCACACAGGGAGGAGCGCAUCUUUCUCUCCGGGUGUCUUUUUGGGGCAGAUCACCCUCCGAUGCAAUUAACCCAGGAAGACGACUGUGUCAAGGGGGACUCAACGCCGACCACCGCAGCUCUCCAAUCCGACGGCAGCGCCGGAUCUCCGGCCAAAAUGUGCAGUGAAUGUUACGUGAAUCAGACGUUUGUGCACGACGAUGGGACCGUGAACGACCACAAGCCACGCUCCUCUCCAGCGCCACUCCCGACCAACAUCAGCAGCAGCGGGGUUAUCCUAGACAUCUCCACUCUUAAGAUGGAGCAGCAGGAGAGCGAGGUGCCUCCGCUGCCGCCCCGCUUCCGCUUCAGAGACCUGUUGCUCGGGGACCAGAGCUUCCAGAAUGAUGACAGGGUCCAGGUCGAGUUUUAUGUGAAUGAAAACACCUUCAAGGAGCGUCUGAAACUGUUCUUCAUCAAAAACCAAAGAUCAAGUCUGAGGAUUCGUGUGUUCAACUUCUCCUUGAAGCUGCUCACCUGUCUGCUUUACAUCAUCCGAGUGGCAACAGAGAAUCAGGGCGCCAGCGCCAAUCACGGCACGGGACAGCAAAACAUUCCCAGUGGCAACAACAAAUGUGUCGACUGUCAGUGGAACGGAUCAGUGCAGGACAGAGAAAUUAACUGGGAGUUGAUCUUCUGGGUGGAUAGAAAGGUUCCUGUUUGGGCCAUUCAAGUGAUUGUAGCCAUCAUUAGUUUCCUGGAGACUAUGCUGCUGAUGUAUCUGAGCUACAAGGGGAACAUUUGGGAGCAGAUAUUCCAGGUUUCUUUUCUUCUGGAGAUGAUCAACACAGUUCCCUUCAUCAUUACGAUCUUCUGGCCUUCGAUAAGGAACAUCUUCAUUCCUGUGUUUCUGAACUGCUGGCUGGCCAAGUGUGCUUUGGAGAACAUGAUCAACGAUGUCCACAGAGCAAUCCAGAGGACCAACUCAGCCAUGUUCAACCAGGUCCUCAUCCUCAUCUGCACCCUGCUCUGUCUGGUCUUCACUGGCACAUGUGGAAUCCAGCACCUGGAGCGAGCAGGGAAAAACCUCUCCCUCUUCAAUUCCUUCUACUUCUGCAUCGUCACCUUCUCCACCGUUGGCUUCGGAGACGUCACUCCCCGCAUAUGGCCCUCUCAGCUUCUGGUGGUCAUCAUGAUCUGUGUGGCUUUGGUGGUGCUGCCUCUGCAGUUUGAGGAGCUGAUGUACCUGUGGAUGGAGAGACAGAAGUCUGGAGGGAAUUACAGCCGCCACAGAGCGCAGACGGAGAAACAUGUGGUGCUUUGUGUCAGCGCACUAAAGAUAGACCUGCUCAUGGAUUUUCUCAAUGAAUUCUACGCCCAUCCAAGACUGCAGGACUACUAUGUGGUGAUCCUGUGCCCAAGUGAAAUGGACCUCCAGGUGCGCAGAGUGCUGCAGAUCCCUCUGUGGUCUCAAAGGGUGAUCUAUCUGCAAGGAUCUGUUCUCAAAGACCAGGACCUGCUAAGAGCAAAGAUGGAUGACGCUGAGGCUUGUUUCAUUUUAAGCAGCCGUAACGAGGUGGAUCGCAUGGCCGCGGACCAUCAGACCAUCCUGAGAGCCUGGGCGGUGAAGGACUUUGCUCCAAAUUGCCCUCUUUAUGUCCAGAUACUCAAACCCGAAAAUAAGUUCCAUGUCAAAUUUGCAGAUCAUGUUGUGUGUGAGGAGGAGUUCAAGUACGCCAUGUUGGCUCUCAACUGUGUGUGUCCAGCCACCUCCACUUUGGUCACGCUCCUAGUGCACACCUCCCGCGGACGAGAAGGACAACAGUCUCCAGAGCAGUGGCAGAGGAUGUACGGAUGUUGCUCCGGCAACGAGGUCUACCACAUCCGACUGUGUGACAGCAAGUUCUUUGGAGAGUAUAACGGCAAAAGCUUCACAUACGCUUCCUUUCAUGCUCACAAGAAGUACGGCGUUUGUCUGAUUGGUAUAAAGAGGGAAGACAACAAGAGCAUUCUGCUGAACCCCGGUCCACGUCACAUCAUGGCUGCCUCAGACACCUGCUACUACAUCAACAUCACCAAGGAGGAGAACUCGGCCUUCAUCUUCAACCAGGAGGAGAGGAAGGGUCGCACUGUCGGGGGAAUCUAUGACGGACCCUCACAGCUUCCUGUGCACAGCAUCAUUGCUAGCAUGGGCACCGUCGCCAUGGAUCUUCAGAACACGAGUCCACCCGACCCCUCAGGUGGUAAACUGGUCCCACCUACAGUGAAUGGAACAGGGGGCCGCCGGCCAAGCAUCGCUCCAGUUCAGGAGAUCGCUGACUCCUCCUCGAUCCUGCCGUGCGACCUCCUCAGUGACCAAUCGGAAGACGACUCCGUCUUCCCGGAUGAGAAAGGCCACUCAUCGACUGAGUAUGUGAAAGGUUAUCCCCCUAACUCUCCGUACAUUGGGAGCUCGCCCACCUUGUGCCAUCUGUUGGCUGAAAAAGCCCCGUUUUGCUGCCUACGACUCGACCAGGGUUGCAGGCACAACAGUUUUGAGGAUGCGAAGGCUUACGGCUUCAAGAACAAACUCAUCAUUGUGUCUGCUGAGACGGCAGGGAACGGUCUCUAUAACUUCAUCGUGCCUCUCAGAGCUUAUUACAGACCCAGGAAAGAACUCAACCCCAUUGUUUUACUGCUGGAUAACCCGCCGGAUAAUCACUUUCUGGAAGCCAUCUGCUGUUUCCCUAUGGUCUACUACAUGGCUGGGUCCAUAGACAAUCUGGACAGCCUGCUGCAGUGUGGUAUCAUCUACGCCGAUAAUCUGGUCGUUGUGGAUAAAGAGAGCACAAUGAGUGCCGAGGAGGACUACAUGGCCGACGCCAAGACGAUUGUCAACGUACAGACGAUGUUCAGGUUGUUUCCCAGCCUCAGUAUUAUCACGGAGCUUACUCAUCCAUCCAACAUGAGAUUCAUGCAGUUCAGGGCAAAGGACUGCUAUUCACUGGCCCUCUCCAAACUGGAGAAGAAAAGUGACAGAGCUUUAAAUGCUGAUCCUGGCUCUCCACAGAAAGAGCGCGAUAAAGGCUCCAACUUGGCCUUCAUGUUUCGCCUCCCUUUCGCUGCAGGCAGAGUGUUCAGCAUUAGCAUGCUGGACACCCUGCUGUAUCAGUCUUUCGUGAAGGACUACAUGAUCCUGAUUGCGAGACUCCUGCUGGGGCUGGACACCACUCCAGGAUCAGGAUACCUCUGUGCCAUGAAAGUAACCGAGGGAGAUCUGUGGAUUAGUACCUAUGGCAGACUGUUCCAGAAACUCUGCUCCUCCAGUGCAGAAAUUCCUAUCGGGAUCUAUCGGACAGAAUCCCACAUUUUCCCGACCUCUGAGUCACAGAUGUCAGUCAGUGUUGACGAUUGCGAGGACACCAAGGACAGGGCUGAUGACUCUCGGAGCAAUGACCAAUCAGAUCACCCCCUGCUGAGGAAGAAGAGCAUGCAGUGGGCACGGCGUCUGAGUAAGAAAAGCGUGAGGUGGCAGGGAGUGACCCGGGACUCGAGCAAGGACCACGCCCAGCGCAUCGCUCAGCAGCGCCUCAACCUCUACCGACGCUCUGAGAGGGAAGAGCUGUCCGAGCUGGUCCGCAACCGCAUGAGGCAUCUGGGCCUCCCCACCUCUGGAUAUGAAGAUCUAACCAAUCUGACAGCCAGUGACGUCAUGAACAGAGUCAAUCUGGGAUACCUACAAGAUGAGCAGAACGAUCAUCAAAACACUCUGUCCUAUGUCCUGAUAAACCCCUCUCCUGACACCAGGCUGGAACUCAAUGAUAUCGUGUACUUGAUUCGUUCAGACCCUCUGGCUCACGUCCCGGAGGAGCCUCCAGUCAGCAGCAGCAGCCUGAAAGAGAGACGCGAGUCCAGCAUAGACGUCAAAGAGGACACCCAGCUCUGAUACCAUGCUGACCUCCGCUGGUACACUCCAUCGUAAUCACCUCCUUCAGCUGUCAGAGAGGAGGAGGAGGGAGGAGGGAGGAGGGAGAGGGGUCUGGAUGCAGGUCCAGUUUGAAAGAGGACAAUUUGUGCGACUAUGUUCCAGCACUGCAGUGUACAACUGUAUUAUAUGAGUGCCUACAGUUUGGCGGAUGACAUUUGACGUGCCAUCUGUGACAUUUUCAUCCUUUUGCCACAGACGUGUGUGUAGGAACAGUCUGUCUUCAUGUCUGCGAAAGCUCUCUCAGAUGAGCAGUCACAGAGGAGCAUGGUCGAUUAAUUUAGUUAACUGACGGGAUUUUUAAUCAGGUCGAUCACACGUGCAGUGUCAAGAUUUAAGGAUCACAGGACCACUCAUGAGUUUCAUUGUCGUUGACUUUUGGGUUGUGGCUCCCUCAGGAAAAAUGCAAGUUCACAUAUUUUGCGAUGCAGAGUUUGGUGACUCCGUCUUUUGACCUUUUGUGCACAUAUUCUAAAUUUGCCUGAGCCGUACACUUACUUCAUAUACCUGCAAAUACUACACAAAUCACAUACAAUCAAACAUAACAUUCAACACUACGUGACUUAUAUAAAAUACGUGCAUUAAAGCUUUCCUUUAAAGCUUAUUUUUUUGUAGCUGAACCAUAGAAGUAGUUAUUCAGUGGCGUAGAGGUCUUAAGUUAGUAAGUUAUGUACAAACAAUGAUGGUUACUUAUAUGUUCGCUGUCGUACAUUUCUUAGUUUGGAUGGAGGAUUUGAUAUGUACUAUAUUAGUAAGGAAUUUGCUUAUUAGUUCAUUUACAUUUGUGGCUGUUUGGUCAAAGUAUUUCUAAAAUGCUACAUCAUGUACACAGGAAUUUUUGACUUCAUACAUAUUUAAAUGUUGGAAAUAUUUGUACUUUCAUUUUAUUUCAACUUGCACAUUAAAGUGCUA